GAUCAUGGGCAUCAAAUGGAUACUCUGCAAGUUCUGAAAUAGUUGAUGAGCCCAGUGUUCCCCUGAGUCCUUCCAACAGCCUUAACAUCCGCAAUCUCCAGCUGUCUGAGCGAGAUCCUUCUCAGCAUACCCGCCGUUAUUCUACUAAUUUCCAUCAUGGCUGGACCUUCCGUCCUGCCUACCACAAAAUGUAUCGAGGCAACCCCUCAGACCGCAAGGAAUGGGGACCUAGCACUAAUGGCCACCACUGUGCUCCAGAGGGUCUUUCCAAUGGGCAAUGGCAGCAUCGAUGCCACGGCUAUUCUGACUCGCCCUGCCCGUUGACUUCCCCCAAAUUGGAACGAGUCAGCACUAUCAAAGCCAGUGAGAAUCCCGCUGUUAUAUCUAAUGCCUCCAGUGUAACCACUGAGGAAUCCAAGAAGGAAACAUGGUCACUCUUUCGGCCCCUUCCUGCUUUCCCAGUUGAUAGCAGCAGUGCCAGGAUCAUUCCCAAGAUCUCUUAUGCCAGCAAGCUGAAAGAGAACUUGGAUCAACCAGGCAAAGCCUGCCAUGUUCCAGCCUCAGCUGUCCGCACCACUAAUAGCCUCCCCAACUGUGUCUUGGUGCCACCCCCGAGCAGUCCCCCACCAACCGAUAGUAGUCAGCAGCAGCACCUGGGAGCCAUCUUCCAAAAUGAAUGGGGCCUCUCCUUUAUCAGUGAUCCAGGAGCCGGGCAUGGAGGGGUAUGUGGAACAGCACCAGUCAAGGAGACAGAAAAUGCAGAUGCUGAAGCAUGUUGGGAAAACAUGGAAGCUAAUGACUGGCAGGCUGAAAGAAAUUAUCACUUCGAAGGUAAGAUAGCCUUAAGAGUACAGAACUGCACAGGGAAGGGGAUGUCUGCGUGUUUUGAGGCUGUUCUAUUGGUAGCAGAGUAUAUCUAGCAACUUUCCAUUGUAAGUCACAUUUCGGGUACAUAGAAACCAGCUAUUGCAAUUAGUGGAAGUGGGGGCUGGAUAAUAUUGUUUGCCCACAAAAAAAUCAGAAGCGUAAUAAGGAAAAAAGCGUCUUCAUUAAAUUUCAAUGGUGUCAGUGGAAGCUUUUGUGUUUCAUGAAGGACCCUUCACAUUUUGCUUCCAAUUAUUUGAGUAUUGCUUUAAGUUCUAGCAUUUAAUUUUAACUGAGUCAGGAUUCUGAGUUUUAUUAAAUAAUGCAGGGAGAUGAGCAUGUGGUUGCUGCAAACCUGGACCAGCUUUUUUCAACGUAAUUAAAAUUU